AUGUCGCACAGCACCCUCGGUAACGGCGAGUGGCUCCUCAAAGGCAACAGCCUGUUCAGCGAGGAUGGCUCCGUCGAGUUCAAGAUGCAAGAAGACGGCAAGAUUGCCGUGUACUGGGGUGGCCAGUGCCGUUUCCAGAACACCACCCACCAGUCCUACAACAUGAAAGGCAUCAAGAUGGAGAAAGACGGCGUCCUGCGCAUGUACGACGACAAAGACAAGGUCGUCUGGGAAACCAAAUUAGAGGGGCCCGGUGACAGCACCGUCAUCUGCGCUGUCCAGAACGAUGGAAACGUUGUGCUUUACAGGGGCACACCCAUUUGGGCCAGCCACACACAGAAAUAA